CGGGGUACUACCAGUCAGGACCAUGGAAAUUAGAAAAUGAAAAAUUUCGACGUGUCACUCUCCAGGUUGUUCUCUGCGCGUCAAUUUCCUCCCUCCCUCUCUCUCUCUCUCUCCGGAAAUCAUGGAACCUCCGACGAACAAAAAUCUGACUACAAAAUCCGACAAAAGAACCCAAAAGAAUCGAUUUUGAAAAUUUCGGUCGAUUCCGAACGCUGAAAAGGUUUCUUCUAGGUCUGGGCUGGCUGUGCAUUUGGGUGGCUCUGGACAAGGAAAAUCAAAAAAUAUUCACGGAUUGUGAGCUUUGUUUACGCAUAUAUGCAUAUUUGUUGAUUAUUUUAUAUAUUAUUCAUUUACAUGUAUUGGGUGAAAUGAGAACAAUUGAAUGGGGAAGCAACGGUGAAUCUGGAAGCAACGGCAAUGUUCGCGAGAAAGGUUCAUCCGAUGAUUGUUUUCUUGGUUUUUCUUUUUGGGUUGCUAGCAUUGCCUUCCGAAGCCAACCAGAACCCGAAAUAUUUAAAGCAAGGCAAGGCAGAGCAUGUGUGGAUUCGUUGUAGGAAAGAAAUGGAGGAUCAUAGAGAAAUUGUUCAAGAUUUUGACUUUUAUCUUCUGCGUGCGGCCAAUGGUAGUUGGCACAAGAUAAAUGCCGGUACAGUAUUGUUGACAGAAAGGAAUCUACAGAGAGCUAUCAUUGAUCUGCCUCUUCAACUGAAACAAACUCUCUUGGGUUGCUUAAGAAGAAAAGCGUUUUCAGUUUGCACAUCUGGCAAUGCAGCCAACUCUAGGGCUUUGUUAGACAAUUGCCUAGAGUUGCAUUUUUGUAGGUCUAGUGUUCUCAGAAGGUAUGUCCUGAUUGAGUCACAUGAACAUAUAGUGGGAACCCCUGCUCCAGGAGGCCCUUCAACCACAUUGCUUCCUCGUGCUCCUGCAUCUGUCGGCUAUGCACUUCCGAUGCGACAUUUGUCUGCCAAAACUCGGGAGUUGUCAUCCCGAAAAUACUUGAAUCACCCACAUCUCCCACAUACAGUUGUACGCCCUUCGGGAAAACCACGUUCUCCUUCACGUCGUUCCUCAAAGAAACAAAAGAAGAGCAAUAGCUGGAUGUAUAUAAUUGUUGCUGUAUUGGCAUCUGCGGUGGCAUUUCCCUUUUGUUGCUGUCUCAAAGGCAACAGCAAUGAAGUUAGCCCCAUGGAUGGACAAAGAGAUGACAAGCCUCUUCUCAGCGUUUCCUUAAGCAAUAUGUCUGGUUAUUCGCAGAAGUCUCUUAGUGUAGGACGUCCAAGUACUGAUGAUUUCAAGCCUUCGUCCGCUGUUAAAGAUUUACCCAUUGAUGGUCAUGGUUCUUCAUUGGUCAGCGCUCAAUCAUCUGAAGCUGCUAGAGCUGCAACGGGAACCAUCAAUGCACCAUUACCACUUCCUCCAGGAAGAAGGCCUCCACCACCACCACUUGGAAAAACUCCUUCACCACCGCCACCUGCACCUGCACCUGCACCUCCACCUCCUCCUGCACCAAAGGGGCCUCCUCCUCCACCACCACCUAAACGUCCUGCUCCCGGACCUCCGCCACCACCAGUGCCAAAAGCAGGUCGCCCUCCAACAGUUCGCCCUCCCCCAGUUCCAUUGGCCAAACCUUCACCUCGUGGACCACAUCGCCAUUCUUCUUCAGGUGGCGAUGACCUGGCUCGUGAAGACAGUCAAAAAGCCAAGUUAAAGCCAUUCUUCUGGGAAAAGGUUGCUGCAAGCCCUGAUCACUCAAUGGUUUGGCAUGAGCUUAAAGCAGGAUCAUUUCAAGUUGAUGAAGAGAUGAUGGAAAGUCUAUUUGGGUAUACUCCUGCUGAAAAGAGCAAGAAUGGGCGUCGAAAAGAUUCAUCUGAAUCUGAAUCUACUCCCCAAUAUAUCCAGAUUAUAGAUCCUAAGAAAUCGCACAAUUUGGCAAUUUUUCUAAAAGCAUUAAAUGUGACGACAGAAGAAGUUUGUGAUGCACUCAAGGAAGGUAAUGAACUUCCUUCUGAGCUCGUCCAAACCAUGAUAAGGAUGGCACCAACAAGCGAAGAAGAACUGAAGCUUAGGCUAUUUAAUGGUGACCUUUCUCAGCUCUGGCCUGCCGAACGUUUCCUAAAAGUCUUGGUUGAAAUCCCAUUUGCAUUCAAACGGCUGGAAGCAUUGUUGUUCAUGAGCUCUUUUCAGGAGGAGGUCUCUCCCAUUAAACAGUAUUUUGGAACAUUAGAGUUAGCUUGCACGGAGCUCAAAAAAAGCAGACUAUUUCUGAAACUACUAGAAGCAGUUCUCAAAACUGGAAACCGCUUGAAUAACGGUACCUACCGUGGUGGAGCUCAGGCAUUCAAACUCGACACACUUUUGAAGCUUUCAGAUGUAAAAGGAACAGAUGGCAAGACCACACUCCUGCACUUCGUUGUUAAGGAGAUUAUUCAAUCAGAAGGAAUAAGAGCCGCUCGUGUAGCAAGACAGAGCCAGAGCAUGUCUAGUAUCAAGAGUGAGGAUCUUCUUGACGAUUCUGUUCUCGAAUCACCGGACUACUUUCGUGAACUUGGUCUUGAGGUAGUUUCCGGGCUGAGCAAUGACCUGGCGAAUGUAAGAAAGGCUGCAAUCAUAGAUGGUGAUAACCUUACAUCAACAGUAUCCAAACUUGGUCAGUCGCUAUUAAAAACCCAGAAGUUUCUAAACAAUGAGAUGGAUGACUUAAAGGAAGAUAGCAAGUUCCAAUAUGCUCUAGUAGAAUUUGUGAAGCAUGCAGAAACGGAAAUUAGAUGGAUGAUAUCGGAAGAAAAGAGGAUAAUGUCUCUGGUGCAGCAGACAACAGAGUACUUCCAUGGGAAUGCAGUGAAGGAUGAAGGGUUGAGGUUAUUCGUAGUCGUCCGAGAUUUCUUGAUAAUGUUGGAUAAGGAAUGCAAGGAGGUAAAAAAAUUAGCACUCUUGCAGCAGCCUAAGAAGGCUCCAAAAAAAGAGACUUCUUCGGCUUCACUUUCAGCAUCUCUGCGAAGUUUGCCCGAUUCACCUUCUGCAUCUCAACGAAGUAUGCCUGUUUCACCUUCUGCAUCUCAACGAAGUAUGCCUGCUUCACCUUCAGCUUCUCAGCGAAGUUUGCCUGAAGUUUCACCUUCAGCAUCUCAACGAAGUUUGCCUGUUUCACCUUUAGCAUCUCAGCGAAGUUUGCCUGAAGUUUCACCUUCAGCAUCUCAACGAAGUUUGCCUGUUUCACCUUCAGCAUCUCAGCGAAGUUUGCCUGAAGUUCACCAACGGCUAUUUCCAGCAAUUAAGGAUCGGAGGAUGGAUUAUUCCAGUUCAGAUGACGAAAGCCCAUCCCCGUAA